AUUAUACACAAGAAGCAAAAGAGCUUAUUCGAAAACGAUGGCGUCGUGCACUUGUUCUUCUUCCCUUCUCCUUGUGAAUCCUCCGCCGAGCACUUCCCGCCACCACGCGAUCCGCCGAAACCUGAGAAUGUCCCUUAACAACAACGAUUCAAAGCUGAACCCUUCUUCUCUGCUGAAUUCCGUCACCAAAUUACUAUGGGGCCAAUCGCUCCCGCCGGGGCUCCUCGUCGCCACCGUCCGCACCGCCUGGAACUCCACGUGGCACCUCAUGAUGUCGCAGCUCGCCCCCUCCGACUCCUCAGGCGGCUACUCCCGCCCCGCCUCCAAAUUCCGCUUCUCCUCAACCACCCCUUCCCAGGGCAGCAGCCUCCACCUCUACGUGGGCCUGGCAUGCCCAUGGGCCCACCGCACCCUCAUAGUGCGCGCGCUGAAGGGCCUGGAAGACGCCGUGCCCGUCUCGGUGGCGUCGCCGGGCCUCGACGGCUCCUGGGAGUUCAAACGGGCCGGUGGGCCCGACACAAAUACAAUUGCUCCGAGUUUGGAUAGAGCGAAUGGAUGCAACACGUUGAAGGAAGUUUAUAGGCUUCGGAGAGGUGGGUACGAUGGAAGAUCCACAGUUCCAAUGCUAUGGGAUAAGGGUUCUAAAGACGUUGUCUGCAACGAGAGCUACGAUAUAAUUCACUUGUUCAAUUCCGAAUUAAACAGCGUAGCUCAAAACCCAGGGUUGGAUCUCUCACCCCCUCAAUUGAAGAAACAGAUUGAGGAAUGGUAUCAAAUCAUAUAUCCAAAUGUUAACAACGGAGUUUAUAGGUGUGGAUUUGCGCAGAGUCAAGAAGCUUAUGAUAGAGCGGUGAAUGACUUGUUUUCUACAUUGGACAAGUUGGAGGAUCACUUGGCUAAUUCCCGUUACUUAUGUGGAGACACAUUGACUCUUGUGGAUAUUUGCUUAUUUACUACUCUGAUUAGGUUUGAUCUUGCGUAUAACGUUCUUUUUAAAUGCACUAAGAAGAAGCUGUGUGAGUAUACCAAUCUACAUGCCUACAUGCGUGACAUUUAUCAGAUUCCGAAGGUGGCAGCUACUUGCAAUUUUACUGAGAUUAUGGAUGGUUACUACAAAAUCCUUUUUCCUCUGAAUCCAGGGAGCAUUAGACCCGCUAUGCCUUCUACUUCUGAGCAUGAAAGCCUUUGCAGGCCUCAUGGAAGGGAAUCACUGUCAUCAGCUACACUAGCAUUUGUAAAAUAGUCAUAAGUGAACCACCUCACAGAACUAAAGUAAAAUCCCUCGUCUGUUUGUGAUAGUGAAAUAAUGUUUAACAUGCGGUUUCUUUCAAUUGUUGCAACUUGCAAAUAUAGCACUUCUACUUAAAUGUUAUCAUGUACUUUAUGUAACGCCUAAAUUAGUUCCUAAAUCAACCUACCUUUCAGUUUCA